GAGUUAGGUUAGGUGUUAGGUUCCAAACAAAUUUUUUUGUACACAAGUUAACGAUUUAAAUUUUAAAACAAGGGGAGAAUUCAUUUUUGUUUUGUACUAUACAGGGUACGCUUAUAUUUUUUAUGUAAUACUUUGAUUGCUACCGUUAACAUCUUUAUUAAUAAAGAUGGAAAGAAAACCGGAUCCUGAAAAUAAUGUUCCUCAAUCAACGGAAUGGGGAUCGGAUAUUGUUUCUAAGUCUACACCUAAAAAACGAAGAAGUGUAAUGAAUUCCAUGGAUUCAAAGGAUGAGGCAAUAAUUCAACAAUUCGAAGAAUGUUUGGAAAAGUCGUUAGAACAAAAAGCGGCUAAAUCUAACCUGAGCACAGUGGCUGUCAAGUCUUUAUUAAAGUGUGUUGUUACCGAUGAAAAUGUUCUUGCAUUGCUGAAGCAUAAAGAAAAAGGUGAAGAUGCAUCUGAGGUCAUACCGUUUGAACCUAAAAUAACAAGGUCCAGGGCAAAGGCAUUGUCUAAUUCUGGUUCCUCCUUAUUUUUACCAUGGGAUUCAAAUGCUUCAAAUGAUUCAAAAGUGUAUCAAUUGUUGGCUGAUGAUUUACAUGAAGAAUCAUCUGAUGAUGAAUAUGUUCCAGCAACAGAGGAGAGUGAAGAUGAUUCUUCAUUUUGUUGUACACCGAGUAAUCCACCUACUCCAUCCACAAAAGAAAAAAAUUCAAUUGAUGAUGAAGGAUUCAAAGCACCACAAUUGAAGACAGAGAAAUAUGGAGAUGAUAAUCACAAGUCUGACGAAGCUGCUAAUAUUGCCCUCAGAACUCGCUCUAAAUUAUCACUCAGUGAUACUCCAUUGGAAAAAAUUGAGCAAUCUUUUGUACCCCCUGAUAUUCCAAAUGAUAUGAUGUGUGAAUUGGAAUGCAAUGAUGAUGAUUGGAAAAAUUUUCUGAGUUCUUUUGCUCAACCAUUGGAUGAGGUCAAAAAUGAGGAGGAAGAUCUUGACCCUGAAUAUAAUAUCUUAUCUGAUGAAGAAAUAACCAAAGUGGAUACAGAAGAAUUACGUGAUGAUAGAGCUGUUAGAGUACCAAAAAGAGAAUUGAAUGACUUAAUUGCUGAACUUUUUGAGUAUGUUGAUAUUUAUGAGGACAGAAAUGAUUUCCAAAACGACAAUUUAGAAAUAAAUAUAGAUCCAGAAUCAUAUUCUAUCCAACAGCUUGAACUGGAUAGAUAUAUUGAAAUUUUCGAUGGCAAUAGUACCAGGCAGAUAGAAUUGAAUUUAGAGGAGGAUAUUCCUUCCUCUGGUCAUGAGCCUAUAUCAGAUGUAUGUUCGGAGCAUUCUGAGACAGAGAAACCCUUGUCUGAUUUAUUUUCUAAAAUUCAACACCAACUUUUAAUGCAGCAAAUGUCUCAGCAUGUGCAAAUGCUAUUGCAAAAUUUUAUACUAACAUUCAACCAUCCAUGUUAUAGUGAAUAUGCAGUCGAAUUUAAAGAAUUUUUGCUUAAUUUCAAAUUAUUAUCUGGUGAUAAUGAUUCCUCAGUGUUCAACACGAUCAACCUGAAGGGAGCUUUAACAUUCAUGGAAAAUUGGGAGAAACAAUUUGAGGAAAAGAGUGAAGAAACUAUGGAAACUAUAAAGCAGUUUCAGGAAGUUAUGGAAGAAUCCCUUGACUGUUUCAUGAAUAAGAAACACUACUUUUUGCCAUUUCCUGAAAGUAUUUUGAAAGCCAUAUCAGAGAGCGAGGUUUUUCUAUAUCCUCAAUUGCUACCAAAAAUUCCUUUCAAGCAUCCCGAUCUCCUAAAUUAUAACUAUGCACCAUUUUCUACCUCAGAAUAUCAAUUGGUCGCUUUGGGAUUGGAGCAGUUUGUGCAAUUUUUAAUUAAUGAUAAGGAGUUUUCACUGGGAAAAAAAGGAAUAAAUAUGAUGAAAAUAGCCGAAGUUAUAAAAAAAAUGUUGAUGCCAGCAAGAAAAAAAUUUCAGAUUUACAGAAGCAUUAGUGAAAUGAAGAAUUCAAAAGAUUGGCACAAUCCAAUCAAGUUUUAUUUCAAAAAUAAAAGAGCCCCUUACACAGUUCAUCAAGUUAUUGAUCUGAAUCAAUUUGGUAUUUUGUCUCCAAAGCAAAGACCUCCAGAUGUACUACCAAGACAGUGGAGAGCAUAUAUUUAUAAGACACCUCAGGAUGAGGAAGAUGAUGAAUCGCUAGAAAAAUGUUCAAAUCCUCCUCUAGAAUUGAAGAAGCCUUCUGUUUAUAAGAAAAUAUUGCCUAAAGGAGAAAUUCCUGCAGAAACUCAAGUCAAAAAAAAACAGAAAGCGUCAACAACUCAUUACGCUUAUUUGAAGAAGAGGUGUGAAAAUUGUUUUCGGAGAGCUAUUCCAUAUGUUGAAUAUAGCAAGUUGAUAAAGAACUUCGAAUUUUUGAACAAAUUUUUCCCGAACCAAAAGUUCAACACUAAUUCAAAUCAGCAUGAUGUUUUGCCCAGCCUUCCUUCUUUGAAUAUUAUGAGUGAUGUAGAAAAAGAAGGUGUGAAAGAACGUGGACCAAUGUCUCUUGUGAAAGAAGAAACAGGAAAACCUGUACUAUGUGAUCCAGAUGAAGAGCAAACAAAUGAAAUUCAGGAAAAGAGGGUAGCCAGAUCAACUGUGGAAAACAGUAGAAAAGAUCAUUCUAUUGUUGAUGAAGAGAAAGCCAAAAAAAGAGAAGAAUUUUUAGCAAGCAUAGCCACACUUGCUCCCCCAAAUUUAGAAACUGAUAAAGAAAGAAGACGAGUUUUUUCUCUAUCGUUCAUGGACAAAUUGGUAGAAACAUUAGGACCAGACACCAUUGGGCAAAUAAUGAAACUUUUCUCAAAAGGAAAAUUGUCUAAUGCUGUUGAUUCAUAUAUGAAGAUGAAGCCCAUUCUUCCUCCCGAGAAUCAGGAUUUAGCUGAUGAAUUCUUGCUAUUUCUCACAGCAGAGCAAGCCCAUGCUGUGGCACAACUAACUCCAUUUUUCAUCAUGAAUCAUACGGCGAAAUUUUUGAGAUAUUUAGAACUUUAUUCCAAAGAUCAGACCGCUCAACUUGUUUAUAGAAGUCUUCAGAAUCUGAAUGAUACGCCCGCCGCUAAUCUGGAAAAAAUCGAAAAAGCCAUUUUACCUCUUUUGAAAAGCAACCCCCAGUUAUGUGACAGUUUUUUACGGAUGUUCUUGGAAGAAAGUUCUCUUGAUAUUUUACUAAAUGGAGCUUGGGAUGUAGUAGAAGUUAAUAAGAAAUUGAAUAGAGCUAAAGAGGAAGGAGAAUUUAAAAAUCUCGUAGUCACUGAUGAGUAUCCUGCAUUUUUUCAAGGAAUGAUAUAUUGCCCAGCAUCCAUGGCAAUGAAACCAAUAAAUACCAUCCCACUAUUAACUGUUUCAGUCCAGAGGACAGAUCAAAACUCAAAUCAAUUACCAAGUUCACCUCCCAAAGAAGAUCCAGAAAAUACUGAAACCAAUAUUAAACUUGAACAAGGGAGAAGAAGGAGAGUAAUACUGUGCAAAUCAAACAAAAAAUCUACACCCAAGCAGAAAACACUGUGCAAAUUAAACAAAAAAUCUGCACCCAAGCCGAAAACAUCAGAGGAAAGUCCUAAAGAAAAUAAGAAUAACAGAAGAAAAUUUGCAAGCUCUGAGAGAAUAACCCGAUCAAAUGUUGAGACACAAAAAGAGACAAUUUCUGUUACAGAGGCAAAUACAUUAUCAUGUUCAUCUCCUAAACAAACUCUGGAAAAUACUCAAACCAACAUUGAACUUGAAAAUGGUAGAGAAUUGAGAGUAAUACUGUGCAAAUUAAACGAAAAAUCUAUACCCAAGCCAAAAAUAUCAGAGGAAAGUCCUAAAGAAAAUAAGAAUGAUAGAAAAAAAUUUGCAAGCUCUGAGAGAAUAACCCGAUCAAAUGUUGAAACACAAAAAGAGACAAUUCCUGUUACAGAGGAAAAUAAAUUAUCAAGUUCACCUCCUGAAGAAACUCUGGAAAGUACUCAAACCAACAUUGAGCUUGAAGAUGGUAGAAAAAUGAGUGCGAGAUUGUGCAAAUCGAACGAAAAAUCUAUACCCAAGCUGAAAAUAUCGGAGGAAAGUUGUAAAGCAAAUAAGAAUGAAAGAAGAAAAUUAGCAAGCUCAGAGAUAAUAACCCAAUCAAAUGCUGAGACACAAAAAGGGACAAUUCCUGUUACAGAGGAAAAUAAAUUAUCCAGUUCACCUCCUGACGGAAUUCUGGAAAAUGUAUGUUAUUGUUUUUCCAAUUUUUAUAGUUUUGCAAUUCCUAUUACUUUUUCAGACUCAAACCAAACUCAAACCAACAUUGAGCUUGAAGAUGAUAGAAGUAGGAUAGCACAACUGUGCAAAUCAAACGAAAAAUCUACACCCAAGCUGAAAACAUCAGAGGAAAGUCCUAAGGAAAAUAAGAAUAAAAGAAGAAGAUUAGCAAGCUCAGAGAUAAUAACCCAAUCAAAUGUUGAGACGCAAAAGGAGACAAUCCCUGUUACAGAGGCAAAUAAAUCAUCAACUUCACCUCCUAAAGAAAUAUCAGAAAAUACUCAAACCAACAUUGAGCUUGAAGAUGAUAGAAGUAGGAUAGCACAACUGUGUAAAUCAAACGAAAAAUCUACACCCAAGCUGAAAACAUCAGAGAAAAGUCCUAAAGAAAAUAAGAAUGAAAGAAGAAGAUUAGCAAGCUCAGAGAUAAUAACCCAAUCAAAUGUUGAGACACAAAAGGAGACAAUUCCUGUUACAGAGGAAAAUAAAUCAUCAAGUUCACCUCCUAAAGAAAUAUCAAAAAAAACUCAAACCAACAUUGAGCUUGAAGAUGGUAGAAAAAUGAGUGUGAGACUGUGCAAAUCCAACGAAAAAUCUACACCCAAGCUGAAAACAUCAGAGGAAAGUCCUAAAGAAAAUAAGAAUAAAAGAAGAAUAUUAGCAAGCGCGGAGAUAACCCAAUCAAAUGUUGAGACACAAAAGGAGACAAUCCCUGUACCAGAGGCAAAUAAAUCAACAAGUUCACCUCCUGAAGAAAUACUCGAAAAUACUCAAACCAACAUUGAGGCUGAAGAUGAUAGAAAUAUGAUAGGGAAACUGUGCAAAUCAAACGAAAAAUGUACACCCAAGCUGAAAACAUCAGAGGAAAGUCCUAAAGGAAAUAAGAAUACAAGAAGAAGAUUAGCAAGCUCAGAGAUAAUGACCCAAUCAAAUGCUGAGACACAAAAGGCGACAAUUCCUGUUACAGAGGAAAAUAAAUUAUCAAGUUCACCUCCUGAAGAAAUUCUGGAAAAUACUCUAACCAACAUUGAGCUGGAAGAUGAUAGAAAUAGGAUAGCGAAACUGUGCAACUCAAACAAAAAAUCUACAGCCAAGCGGAAAAGACGAGUGGAAAGUCCUGAAGAAAAUAAGAAUAAGAGAAGAAAAUUAGCAAGCUCAGAGAUAAUAAACCAAUCAAAUGUUGAGAUACAGAAGGAGACAGUUCCUGUUACAGAGGCAAAUAAAUCAAGUUCACCUCUUAAAGGAACACUGGAAAAUACUCAAACCAACAUUGAUCUUGAAGAUAGAGAAAGGAGAGUGAAACUGUGCAAAUCAAACAAAAAAUCUACACCCGAGCCGAAACAAUCAGAGGAAAGUCCUAAAGAAAAUAAGAAUAACAGAAGAAAAUUAGAAAGCUCAAAGAUAAUAACCCGAUCAAGGGUUGAGACACAAAAGGAGGCAAUUCCUGAGGCAGAUUGGAAAAAUUUGCCAUCUUCUAAAUCUACAAGUAAACCUUUAUUUGAUACUGGAAUUUCAAGUUUUAGAAAAAGUUUAUCUUCAAUUCAGAUUCAUAUUAAAGACUUUUUGGUUAUGUUGCCCAGACUUCCUUCUCCAGAAUCUCCAGAUAUUUUGACUGAUAUACAAAAAACUGAUAUGGAUGUGGGAGAAUGUGGGCUAAUGUCUAUGGUGAAUGAAGUCAAAAAACCUGUACUUUGUGAUUCAGACAAGGAGCGUACAAAUGAAAUUCCUAAAAAGGAUACUUUUGACGAUACAAAUGCAUUGCUGGUAGCAAAUUCAACUGUGAAAAAUAGUAGAAAGGAUCAGUCCCUUGUUGAUAAAAAAAAGGCUAAAAAAAGGAAAGAGUUUUUAGCAAGCAUUGCUAUGCUUGCUCCUUCAAAUCCAGAAACUGAAAAAGAAAGAAGGCAAAACCUCUCAAUAGCAUACAUGUACAAAUUGGAAGAAACAUUAGGACCUAACGAGUUUGGAAAAAUAAUGAAAAUUUUCUCCAAUGAAAGAAUCUCUAAUGCUGUCGAUUUAUAUAUGAAGUUGAACCCUAUUCUUCUUCCCAAAUAUAAGGAUUUAGCUGAUGAAUUCUUGCUAUUUCUCACAGCAGAGCAGGCAUGUGCUGUGGGACAACUCAUUCCAUUUUUCAUCAUGAAUCAUAUGGCAAAAUUUUUGAGAUAUUUAGAACUUUAUUUCAAAGAUCAGCCUGCUCAACUUAGAAAGGUUUAUAAAACUCUUCAAGAUCUGAAUGAUACACCUGAAGUGAAUCUGGAAAAGAUUAAAAAUGCUAUAUUACCUCUUCUCAAAAGUAACCCUUUGUUAUGUGAUAGUUUUCUACAGAUGUUUUUGGAAGAAAGUCCUCCUGCUACUUUACUAAAUGGAGCUUGGGAUGUGAUAGAAGUUAAAGAAUUGAAUAGGUCUAAAGAGGAAGGAGCAUUUGAAAAUCUCACAGUCACCGAUGAAGAUCCUGCUUGCAGUUGUAGUUGUCACAAGAUUGAUGGAGAUCAACUUCAGAAACACCAUUGUACCAAUUGUGGACUCAAAUUUAUUCAAGGGAAGCUAUAUUGCCAAACUUCCAAAGGAAUGAAACCAUUAAAUGUUUCAUUUCCUUUCAACCCUGAUGUUGACCAUAUCACAAGAUUAACUGUUCCUAGUAAAGUCCGGAGGAUAGAUCAAAACCCAAAUAAAUCAUCAAGUUCGCCUUGUAAGGAAACUCUAGAGGAUGGUAAAACAUACAUUGAACUUGAAGAUGGUAGAAAAAGGAAAAUGCGACUGUGCAAAUCAAACAAAAAAUCUACACCCAAGCCGAAAAUAUUUCAUUGUAGGGAUAAAUCAGGGGAAAGUCCCAAAGGAAAUGAGGAGAAAUUAGUAUGUAAUAAGAGCCCCACUAGAAGAAAGCUAGCAAACACAAAAAUAACAACCCAAUCAAGUGCUGAAACACAUAAGGAAACAAUUCCUGUUACAGAGGCAGAUUGGAAGAACUUGCCAUCUCCUGAAUAUAUUCCUUUAUCUGAUACUGAUUCAUCACAAGAAGAAGAGAAAACAUUGAAUGCAAUCAAUGAAGAAACUAUCAAGAAAGAUAGAGCUGAUGAGAAAAAAUCAAUAAAUGAAGGUUUACCACAUAACUGGACAAAAGAAGAAGAUAGAAUUCUAUUAGAGACUUUCAAGCAGAAUUUCCACAAAGAUCCAAUAACUUUAGUAAAGCAGCGACUGAAAAACCGCUCUGAAGAAGAAAUACGAUUACGGUUUGACAAUCUAAUGAACCUGCUCCAAGAAAUGUAUUCCAGAGGAGAUUCACAAAUAUCAAAUUCUUAAUGUUACCUGAAUAUCUUUGAUAUGAUUUUAUAUUGAAUGAAAAAUGUGAUAUAUUUAAAUAAAUGAAUAAAUUAAAA